AUGACGGACGUUUUAGCUCUCUCACUUUUCGCCGCGACUCCUGAGCAAGUCAUCGAGUCCCGUAAGCGCACGCAUAUGGAAUGGGCUCGCGGACUGAGCAUGGAGGAGUACCUCAAACGUGACGAAAUCAUGGACUUCCAGGAGCAUGCUGCGAAUGGCAAGCUUAUGACGUGGGUCCUGGCUUCCAGGAGUGACCCUACCACCCUGGACUUCAAGUGUAGCUGCGAGACGUACGCCUUCCUUCCGCUCGCAACGUACCGUCGUCCUGUGAUACUAGCCACGCCGACCUCCUCGAUCACAACCGAAGCCCUUGGCUAUGAGAUUGCCUCUGUCUACACGCCACCGCGAAACAGAGGCAAGGGCUAUGCCACACACAUGAUGCGCCUCCUGCAUUGGGUCUUGGCUCCUCGUUCGUUUUUGCCUGAGUUCCCAUCCCAAUGGGGUACAAUGCCUGAAUCACCCUUGCAGGACGCUCUCUUCAGCGUCUUGUACAGCGACGUCGGCAGAGAGUUCUAUUUCAGAGCUGGCCCCAGGCCAGGCCAGCCUGGUUGGUCGGUUUGCGGCGUGCUAAGCACGCACUGGGACGUUCCUCCGCAAUCUGACGCGUCCGUAGACCGGAACCAGUGGAGGUGGCUCAGCCGCUCUGACUGUAUCGACAUUUGGGAGCAAGACGCGGAAUUGAUGAAGUCCGACGCAGCAGCGCUUGCGCAGAAGCAACACAAGACCGUGUUCACCUUCCUGCCGGACAAUGGCAUUGGACAGUUCAGCAUGCACAGGCUCAUAACCAUUGACACGUGGCUUAGGCAUGUGUACCCGCCAGAGCCUUGGGGCGUGCAGCUAGUGUCUAGUAGGGGCCUCACGUUCGCGACAUGGACGUUUGAACCGGAGACAAGAGUUAUGGUGCUGACCCGUUUGCGCUCCACUGCAGAAGACUUCCCCGCGCUUCUGGAAGCGCUGCAGUUCAAAGCGCAGGAGAUCGGCUUGGACACAAUUGAGACCUGGAACAUCCCGGAGGACCUAAAGGGGGUCGGUGACCAAUUAGGAGCAAGGACACUUGAGAGAAGCGAACACUUGUCUGCGGCUAAAUGGUACGGGUCGGAGCCAGAGGAGCAAGUCGAGUGGGUUUUCAACGAGAAGUAG